CUCCCUUCACUCUCGGAGUUUAAAUGUGGAGAGAGAAUCUCUGUGAGGUGUCAGUGUCCUGCGUGAAGGAGCUGAGAGAGAGAAGAGGCGAUGGAGAUUUUCUCUGCGUUUGUGUCCGCUGUUUUGGUCUGUGUUGUCAGUGCUGGGAUUCCUCAUGAUGGAAUACACUGGACAUACACCGAGGGAGCUUUGGACCAGAUGCACUGGCCCACCAAGUACCCCGCAUGUGGCGGCAAGAAGCAGUCCCCGAUUGACAUCCAGCGGCGCAGCGUGAGGCACAACCCGGACAUGUUGCAGCUGGAGCUGACUGGUUAUGAUGCUCAGAGAGGGAAUUUCCUCAUGUCCAACAACGGGCACUCCGUUCAAAUUGACCUGCCCCCCUCUAUGGUGAUCACCCAGGGCCUCCCAGGAAAAUACACAGCUGUCCAGAUGCACCUGCACUGGGGCGGCUGGGACCUGGAGGCCAGCGGAGCGGAGCACACCAUCGACGGCAUCCGCUACAUGGCAGAGCUCCAUGUUGUCCAUUACAACUCUGACAAGUACAAGAGCUUCACUGAGGCCAGAGAUAAACCAGAUGGGCUGGCAGUGCUCGCCUUUUUCUACGAUGACGGACAUUUUGAGAACACCUACUACAGUGAUUUCAUCUCCAACCUGGACAAAAUCAAGUACGCAGGUCAGUCCAUGAACAUAUCGCACAUCGAUGUGCGCUCCAUGCUCCCCGAGAACCUCAACCAUUUCUUCAGAUACCAGGGCUCCCUCACCACGCCGCCCUGCUACGAGAGCAUCCUCUGGACCGUGUUCGAUACGCCCAUCACUCUCUCACACAACCAGAUCAGGAAACUGGAGAGCACUCUGAUGGACAUUGACAACAAGACCCUGUGGAAUGACUACCGCAUUGCCCAGCCUCUCAACGACCGGGUGGUGGAGUCUUCUUUCCUGCCACGCCUUGGGAAAGGAACAUUUUGCCGGCAGGAUGAAAUCGAGUCCAGGCUCCUGAAGAUCGAGGGUCUCAUCACAUCUCUUGGAAAGCACAUUCAUUCAGGUGGACAGCGCAACUCAAGGCCGACCAAAUAUGAACCUCGCGGCCUGUUUCCGCUGGUGCUCGACUUCCAGGACAAAAAUUCCGGUAGUUAUGCCGUGGCCCACCUCAGCCAUCCCAUGGACCUGAUCUCCUUCACCUUAUGCAUGCACGUCCUGCCUCAAAUGGAUGAUGUCGGCACUGUCAUCUCCUACUCGAGCAACGGCAACGACAACGAGCUGAUGAUCUCUAUCAGGAGAGACGCAAGAGAGGUGGACCUCUGGAUCGGCAACGAGUUCGUCAACCUGCCGCACAACUUCAGGUCCCACGACUGGGCCAACUACUGCAUCACCUGGUCGUCCAGCACCGGGGGCGCCGAGCUGUGGAUCAAUGGCAUGGUGGGGGAGCGGCGGUACCUGAAGAACGGUUACACUAUCAGCCCCGGGGGAGUGUUCAUCGUGGGCCGAGACCAGGACGGGUACCUGGGGAUCACUAACGAGAACGCCUUUGUGGGGAAGAUGACUGAUCUCAACCUGUGGGACUAUCCCCUUACCACGGCGGACAUCCGCGACCAGAUGUCAUGCGAGAGGAACAGCACCACGGUGGGAAAUGUGUUCAGCUGGGGGACCACCAAACUGGGUCUGUAUGGAGGCGUGCAGCUGGACAAUCAGUACAGAUGCUCCUGAACAGGCUCGGCUGCUUCUGUCAGCGCAAGCUUUAAAAUGUCACUGAUGAUGAGUGGGGUUUGAAAUGUGUUUGGCAUGUGUAAUGAAGAAUAAAAUGUCUUUCAGGGCACCUGUGAGUCAAUAUUUAAUGCAAACUGCAUCUUAAUGCUUCCAACAUGUAUUGUAUUCAUAUAUUUGCAUCAUGAAUAAAGGUUUACAAGGGA